AUGUCGGACCGGAGCAAGAGCCUGAAGAACGUCGAGUCAGGCGAAGAUGCCGACGAUGAUGCUCAGGGACGUGAGCGCUUCGGCUCUCGAUGGGCGUAUCUGAUGACGGCCGUCGGAUACUCGGUCGGACUCGGCAACAUUUGGCGCUUUCCAGCCAUCGCCUAUAAAAAUGGAGGAGGCGCCUUCUUGAUCCCCUACUUCACCUGCACCGUGCUGUUCGGCAUGCCGCUCUUCUACCUCGAGGCGUUCGUUGGUCAGUACACGCAGACUGGCGUUAACCACAUCUUCUACAAGUACAUGCCGGCGAUGCAGGGACUCGGUUGGGCGAUGACCUUCUUGAGCCAGCAGGUGAACGUCUACUACCUGGUGGUCGUCGGCUGGUCGGUCAUCUAUCUUUCGGAUCUCAUCACCGGUCGCAGCCACUACUGGACCGAGUGCGGAAAUCCGUGGAAUACACCCGAUUGCCUUUUUCCGGUUUCCGGAUAUGGCAACUGCACCCCGCCACAACACGGACAACCCUUCGUCACGCAGAACGACGUGUGCUUCUACGGACUGGACGCCCUGAACGCGUCGCGCCGCCUGCGUGUGCCCACCGAAGAAUAUUACGAGGAAUACGUUCUCCUUCGCUCGAAGAACAUCGGCGACGGGCUGUUCGAGAUGAAUUGGAAGUUGUUUUUUGCGAUGGUGUUCAUCUGGACGUUGUGCGGGUUGAUCGUCUGGAAAGGCGUGAAGAUGAUGGGUAAAAUCGCCUACGUCACUACGUUGUUGCCUUAUAUCAUCGUUGGAAUCUUCUUCGUACACGGCUUCUUCCUCCCCGGUAUGGAAAAAGGGCUGUCCAAGUUCCUCAUCCCGAGUCUCGACAAAAUUUUCGAGCUCAGCACCUGGAAAGAAGCUGUCCACCACACCUGCCUGAGCAUCACCAUCGGCACCGGCGGCGUGCAGGCGAUGGGCUCGUAUAAUCCCAGGCGUCACAACUCCUUCCGAGACUCCUGGCUCGUCGUCGGCGCCGACGCGUUCAUGUCGAUUGUCGGUGGCAUUGCCGUCUUCACGACGCUCGGCUAUUUGUCUGUACUCUCCGGCAAGGAAAUCGAAGAUUUGUCGACGGCCCACUUUGGCCUAACGUUCGUCACCUACCCCGAGGCCAUGUCUCAAAUGACGUUCCCCUGGUUGUGGGCGUUCCUCUUCUUCUUCAUGAUGCUACUGCUCGGCGUGUCCACCGUCAUUGUCGACAUGCAAACGAUCAUCGCGGCGUUGGUGGAGAACUGGGGAUGGCUGAAGGAGCGCGAGUGGCUGGCCAGAGUCGGUGUCGUCCUUGCCCUCCUCGCCGGCAGUACAAUCUCAUGCACCAAAGCUGGCUGCUAUUUUGUGACCCUGAUGGACGAAUGCUGUGGAGGAGUGGCGCUCGGGCUCAUCAUCCUCCUCGAGCUCAUCCUCGUCUGCCACAUCUAUGAUCGCUGGGGCAACCAUCGCGACGACCUCAAGGCCAUCUUCGGCGGUCCGAAUGGACUCUUCGGUACUUGGUUCGGCAAAUCGGGUCUCCUCUAUUGGCUCUCAUGGAAGUUCCUGGCCCCCGUCUUCUGCUUGGUGAUCAUCUACAACGCUGGCCAGUUCCCGUCGAUGACAUACGGGGGCCGUACGCCUCGUGAAGAUAAUAUCGAGGACGUCAACAACCCCUACAACCCUCACAAAUACGAGUACCCGCCGAUGGCCAACCUCUUCGGAUACAUCUGGGGCAACCUGUGCUUGCUAUUCAUCCUCGGCUUUGGCGCCUACAACGUCUACCGCGCUUCGCAGGACGGGGACUGGCGAAAUGCGUUCACCGUUCACCCCUCGCAUCCGUCAUACGCGCGCCUUUACGGCAACACGGAUGCGGCUACGGAGCAGGAGCGAGCCAGCCUGGCUUCGAAGUCCUCUCCCGCAGCUUCGCCAGAGGGAACCGAGAGCCAAUCCCAAUCUCAAUCGAAGUCGACGGCGGCCCGC